ACGGGGGUCUCCUGUCUCCGCCCCUUACGAGACCAGAAAGCGAGAACGAGCGAGAGUGAGCUCCACAUCUGCAUAUCUUCUUGGAAACUAGAACUCCGGGCACAUUCUCGGCGUCGGCGACAGUUUUGGCUUCAUUUUCAGAGUUGAAUCACUCAGGGGCAGACGCAGGGAGUUUUAUGGGUAUCGUACAUCGAGGCUGUGAAGGGAAUAGUAAGUUGCCCUAGCAGGUGUAGCCUGAAUUUCUUAACAAUUUGGCAAUUUCUGGCUCUGAUGUUGACCAUAUUGAGCGGCUGAGCGGAAUUAGCCACGCAAGCAAUGGGUGCAGUUGUUUCUUCUGAAGCGGACAUCGUAGAUGAGCUGCACCAGGAGCCUGAGGCAGCUCCAUGUCAUCCAUCUUCCUCUCCAUUGUCACCGCAGCUGUCUCUCACUCGAGGAACAUCAUAUCUUGGACCUUUGAUUCGAGUGUCAGACCCUUACAAUAUCCUUAGUCCUAGCAGCUCUUCUCCAAGAGUGCAUAGCUCUUCAAGACUUCAAAGUAUGAGCAACGCAGCUUCUCCUCAGCGUUCACCGUCUUUCAUCCCUCCCAGCUUUUCAGGGGCGACCAUUUGCACGGAGAUUCAUUUUAUCAGACAUGCUGAGACCUCCAUGAAUGCUAAGCCUGAGUUAAUAGCAGGAAGGAGUCCAUCUGCGACGCUCACGAAUUUGGGUAAACGACAAGCUCGAGCUCUAGGUAUCCACUUGAGAUCUGCAGGGAUGGAUUUUGACGCAGUGUACAGUUCUCCACUCGAACGGGCUAAGCAAACAGCGUAUGCAGUGUGCCAGGAGCUGGAUAUACCCUGUGAUACAGUGGAGCUGGCUGAAGCGGUGCAAGAGCUUAGUCAAGGGCAGUGGGAAGGCCGGAAUCGCAGUGAAAUCUACACUCCAACAGUGGUUCCUGUAGUGAACUCCACACAGCCAGAUUUUCGAGCACCUGGGGGAGAGUCGCAACGGCAGGUGGAAUUUCGAAUGAUAGAGUUCCUGAACAACGUAGUGCUUCCCCGAGCAUCCUUGACUAUGCAAAAACCAAGGCGUCAAAGAGGCAGUAGAGAGCACCUGAGCAAGAUUCAUCAUACUUCCACACAGAUUCAUCCUCUGGAAGAUAUGGAUGUCUCCCAAGCUAAGGACUGGGAAGAGUCGGAAGUAACUUCCGAAAACCACUCCAAGGCACCCAUGGGAUACAUUCCGGACAGCACAAGUUCAAGUAGCCUGAGUGGGUCUCCAGAAGAUUUGCAUAGUGAUUUGUCGAGCGUUCCCUUCACCGUCGCUGUGGUCAGUCAUGGCAUGGCAAUUAAAUGUAUGUUGCGAGGUCUGACGGGGUCCGAUCCCCAAUUCACAACCCGUUGGUGUAUCGAUAAUUCUUCGGUAACUGUAGUCCGGCAUUCGACCAGGAAAGGAUGGGAAAUACAAAGAGUUAAUGACACAUCGCAUCUUCGCCUUCUAUAAGCUUUGUUUUAGUUUAACCGAUUAUAUGGUUUCCCACUUGAUAUAUGUCUACUUUGUACAUACUCUCCUUUGUGUGCCUCGCCUUCUUCUCAUAUACAAAGACCUUUCCCACCAGAUGGUUAAAAUUA